GCGUGGAGCGGAGAGAGGAAGAUGGCGGCGCCGGGCUUCCCCACGCCGUUGUACGGGCAUGUGGGUCGUGGCACCUUCGGCGACGUGUACGAGCCCGCGGAGGACACGUUCCUGCUGCUGGACGCGCUCGAGGCGGCGGCGGCCGAGUUCACGGGAGUGGAAAUAUGCCUUGAAGUAGGGUCAGGGUCCGGAGUGGUAUCUGCAUUCCUAGCCUCUAUGAUAGGUCCUCAAGCUUUGUACAUGUGCACUGAUAUCAACCCUGAGGCAGCAGCUUGUACCCUGGAGACAGCACGCUGUAACAACGUCCACAUUCAACCAGUAAUUACAGAUUUGGUAGGAAGUCACGGAAUAGAGGCAGCCUGGGCCGGUGGCAGAAAUGGUCGAGAAGUCAUGGACAGAUUCUUUCCACUGGCUCCAGAUCUCCUUUCACCAAGAGGAUUAUUCUAUUUAGUUACCAUUAAAGAAAACAAUCCAGAAGAAAUUUUGAAAACAAUGAAGACAAAAGGUCUACAAGGGACCACUGCACUUUCCAGGCAAGCAGGCCGAGAAAUCCUUUCAGUCCUCAAGUUCACCAAGUCCUGAUACACAGUGUGUGCUACUUGACGCUGAAUGCAUUCAGCAUAUUUUGAAACCAAAGUCAUUUCUUGGUUACCAAGUAAAAUUGUCAGAAAUUAGUUGUAUAGAAAAAGGUGAAAGAGUAGGGCAUUCCCUUUUACCCAGGAAUCAGGCCUACAGAAAUAUUUGCACAAGUGCAACUAAAUACAUAUACAUAUAUUAUAUAUAAUUUGCAUUUUACCUAUGAUAUAUAUUACAUAUAUAAAAUAUAUAUAUAAUAUAAAAGUUAUAUUAUAUAUGAGAGGAUGUUCAUUUCAGCAUUACUUGUAACAGCAAAACAAUGAAGUCUACCUAAAUGUCCGUCAGUAAAGGGAUUACAGUGUAUCCAUGUUACUGAAGAUAAGCGACAUAUCCAGCCAUUAAACAUGAGCCAGGUCUGUAUACAUUGAGCCAGAAGGGGUUCGUGAUGUACUAUUGAGUGAAAAAGCAAGUUGCAAAAUAGAAUUAACCAUUAUGUAUAUUUUUGAAAAACCUACAGAGAGGAUAUGUUUGUACGUAUGUAUAAGAAAUUCUCAGAAGAUAAAUAACAGGAGGGAGUGGAGGAACUUUCAGUCUUUUGUGGUGGCAUUUGCACAAUGAUAAUGUAUUACUUUUAUAAAUAAAGUUUUUUAUUUA